AUGUCCAAACCCGUAGCCAUCGUAACAGGCGCCGGCUCAGGCAUUGGUGAAGCAACAGCAACCCACUUGCACUCCUUAGGCUACAAAGUUGUUAUCGCUGACCUAAAUCCCACCUCCGGUCAACGCGUCGCUUCAGCCCUGGGCGCAGACGCCCUCUUCCACCAGACAGAUGUAUCAUCCUACAAAUCGCAAGCGCAGCUCUUCAAGCGCGCCUACGAAUGGGGCGGUAACCGCCUCGAUUUCUGCCAUGCCAAUGCUGGAAUCGACGAUCGACAGAAUGUUUAUGAAGGCAUGGACAAGGAAGAGGUGGAUGAAGAGGGACUGGUUAAGAAGUUGAAUACGAAGACUAUGGAUGUGAAUCUUGAGGCUGUCAUACAGGGGCUUUGGCUGUUCAAAUAUUAUGUAAGAAGGAGUAAGGAGGCGGGUGGGGGAAAGGGAUAUUUUGUUGCCACGAGCAGUGCGGUGGGGUUGUACUUCAUGCCACAAUGCCCCCAGUACACAGCCAGCAAAUACGGUGUCGUAGGCUUCGUCCGGGCUUCCGCCCCAAAUUUCAUCAACGAAAACAUUACCGUCAAUGCCAUUUGUCCGGCGUUCAUCCCGACAAACCUUUGUCCCCCGGAAGUAGCGGCGCGCUGGCCAAAAGAGCACGUUACGCCGCUUUCGACCGUGCUCAAGGCUAUUGAUGCGUUUUUGAAGGACGACAAAUUGACGGGACAAGCGGUAGAGUUAUCUCAGGAAAAUAUCUAUUUCAGACAGCCUGUUGAUUUUGUGAACGAGAGUCAGCGGUGGAUUGGCCUCGAAAGCCAUAAGUUCUGGAAUGAGGGAUACAAGGAGCCACCAAAGAGGAAUGGGUAUUAA